CAUUGGGAUGAAAAUCAGUGUAUGUACUGUACAUGAAUAAAGUCUAUGUAAACACUGAGUUACACAUAAGAUAAGCACUUUAUUAACAAGAAUGAAACUCCAAUCGUAAAUGCAAAACAGGAAAAAUACAAGUCAUUUACACUGGUUUUAUGUUACAAAUGUGCAUCACAGUACUCCUUUAGAAAGCACUGAUUCAGACUUUGUCAGUGGAGAGCAGUAUUUGCAGAAAAUCAGUAUCCCUUUGUUUUAAUCAUCAUGGAGGAACUGUGAAAGGUAGCUGAUUAUCUCUUCGAAGUGACUUCAGUAUAUCUCUUUCCUGUCUCAUCAGCUGCCUCAUCAUGAACCUGUCGGAGCUCUUUUCAUUCUCGUUUAGCUGUAACGUCAGCCCCAGUGAGACGCCACAGCUCGACAUCAGCGUCACCCAAAGCGAGCCGCUGGUGAUCGCUGUUCCCAUGACUGUCUUCUACAGCAUCAUCUUCUUGUUUGGAGUUGUAUUCAAUGGCGUGAGCAUACUGACGCUUCUCUUGGAUGCUCAUAUGAGAGUCAGCGCCAUUCGGCUCUACCUCCUCAGCCUGGUUGUAUCAGAUACCCUGCAGCUGUUGACCAUUCCUGUAACUCUCUACCGCUACUACUGGGAGAGCUACCCUUGGCGUUUGGGUCAAGUCGUGUGCAAGGUCUACUUCAUGGUUCGCCAACUGUACUGUGCCACCACAAGCUGGGUUAUCAUGAUCUUCACCACCGAGCGCUAUGCAGCCAUUUGCCACACCAUGUGGUCUGUCUCAAGCCUGAAGAAUUCACGGCUGCCAUGUCUUCUCUCAGUCUGGAUCAUCUCUCUGGUUUCAGCUGUGCCCUUUGCUAUAGUCUAUGACCAGGCCCGGGCCUGCAUCCUGGACUACACAGCCACCAAACAUGAAGAUGCCUUUCAUGUUUCCACUAUGUGUGAGAUGACAGAGCCUGAUCCUGCCCCCAUCUAUAAAGGAGCGCUACUCCUGAGGGCAGGUUUCUUCUUUCUGGUACCGUUGAUCUCCAUCUUUACUCUCUAUAUGCUCAUCCUGCUCUAUUUGAAGAGGAACGGGCGUCAGAGGAGGAACAUGGGCCUAACACGGUCGGAUCCUGAAGGACGACGAGACGUUCAGUGCCACCAGAAUGGAAAGCUGCUUUUAAAUGAAAAGAGGGCACUGAAACUCAUGGGUGCAGUUGUUGUGGCCUUUUUUGUUUGCAACUUCCCAGACAUCGCCUCAUCUCUGAUGCAGGUCUAUGUGGUGGUUUGGUCUGACACAGUUCUUUUUGUCUACACCAUCCUGAAGUCGUACCUGUCUCUUCCUCUGUGGUACAUAAACGCCGCUCUGGACCCACUGCUGUUCUGUAUUUCGUCCCACACAUUUCGCCGGGCUUGCUGGAGGACUCUAGGUCGGCUUAGACCUCGCUGGAAGUAUGGGAGCAUCGCUUGGCUGUGGCAGAGGAGUUCUUGUGAAGAAGGAAGCAUGACUACAAGGGAGAGGAGUGAUGGGAGAAUCUCCAGGGGGAAGACAGAGGAAACUACAAAUAAAGUCACUAACAAAUAG